AUGCUUUUCAAACGAAACCUGGCCUCCUCGGUGCGGAAAAUAAAAGUCAAGACUCCACUCGUGGAGCUUGACGGUGACGAAAUGACACGCAUUAUUUGGGACCGCAUCAAGACAAAACUUGUGCUGCCCUACAUGGACGUGGACUUGAAAUAUUAUGACUUGUCCAUCACCAACAGAGACAAAACGGAAGACGCUGUUACGCACGACGCAGCGCAUGCCAUUGCCAAGUACGGCGUAGGUGUGAAGUGCGCAACGAUCACGCCCGACGAACAGCGUGUGGAAGAGUUCAAGUUGAAGAAGAUGUGGAGGUCGCCCAAUGGGACCAUUCGUAACAUCCUGGGAGGCACUGUGUUCCGUGAACCAAUUGUAAUCCCUCGAAUCCCACGUUUGGUGCCCGGGUGGGAAAAACCCAUCAUAAUUGGCCGUCAUGCUCACGGCGACCAAUACAAGGCGACCGAUGUGGUGAUCAAAAAGCCAGGUGUGCUGGAGCUAGUCCACAAGCCUGAAGAUGGUUCGGACCCCCAGGUGAUGCAGGUUUAUGACUACAAGGCUGGAGGCGUGGCCUUGGCCAUGUACAACACAGACGAGUCCAUCCGUGGGUUCGCGCGUGCCUCUUUCGAGCUAGCCAUCUCCAAGCAGCUCAAUCUGUUCCUCUCGACCAAAAACACCAUUUUGAAACACUACGAUGGCCGUUUUAAAGAUAUCUUCCAGGAACUGUACGAUGCGAGCUACAAAGCUCAGUUCGAGAAGGCCGGCAUUUCGUACGAGCACCGUCUGAUCGACGAUAUGGUGGCGCAAAUGGUCAAGUCCAGGGGCGGGUUCAUAAUGGCUCUCAAGAACUAUGAUGGCGACGUCCAGUCCGACAUCGUGGCCCAAGGUUUUGGUUCUUUGGGCCUGAUGACAUCGGUGCUCAUCACGCCCGACGGGAAGACCUUCGAGAGCGAAGCUGCUCACGGCACGGUGACCAGACACUUCAGACAGCAUCAACAGGGCAAAGAGACAUCCACGAACUCGAUUGCGUCUAUCUUCGCCUGGUCUCGAGGCCUGGCGAAGCGUGGCGAACUGGACCAGACGCCCGACGUGACCGAAUUUGCCCACAAGCUGGAAUCGGCCACUUUGAAGACUGUGCAAGAGGACGGUAUCAUGACGAAAGAUUUGGCACUUGCGUGUGGCAACAGCGAUCGCUCGGCGUACGUGACCACAGAGGAGUUUUUGAGCGCCGUAGAAAAGAGACUCCAAAAAGAGCUCGAAUUACAGACCUGA